AUGGAUUUCAAUCUAGCUUUGUUAAUCGUAAUUGGAGUUAAUCUACAUAACCAGGUAUUUAAUUACGUAUGUACUCUACACAUCUCACAAUCCUCGGACAAUUACAAAUAUUUUGAUGUUCUGAGUCUAAAAGACACAAACUUCCAGGUUCUUAGAAACUCUUCUUUAAACCUUACUAAGGAUUCCAACAUACAAUCAACGCAGGAUGUACUUAAUACCGCUUUUAGAAAUAUAUCGCAGCUAUACAACAGAAUAAAGUGCAGAAAAUCAUCAAAAUAUCUAUUUAUUCAGAACCAAAUUAUUUCAAAAGGUCAAAAUACACAUGAUAAUAAAAAUGCACAUAUACAAUGUAUAAACAACUCUAAUUGCGGAUGGUUUGAUGAUUUUUCUGUAAAUUUGGAAAAAUUCGAGGAAGAUGAAACUGACGAAGAUGAAGAAUUUUUGUCACUACUUAUGAAAGGAGACGAACUUUCUCAAACAGGCUUAACAUAUGAAGAAGUGUGCAAUGAGCUUGGGUUAGAUCCAGGAAUUAAACUGUCAUGGAAUGGACUGGUUCGUAUAUCCCGUAAACUGUUGAACAAACCUGCUCCUCCAGACAACUUUUUUAUGAGCCUACUCCAUGAAACAGGAGUGCUGUCAACUUUAAGGAGGAUAUUUGGCUAUAGAAAAGACAAAAUAAACCAUUACACCGAUAAAAACUUGGAAGACGGAAAAAAUGUAAUGAAUGAUCCGCAAAAGGAAGCCUCUAAAAUAUCUACAACUACAAAGGAUGGAACUUUCACCAUCUAUUCACCAUAUUCUGGACAAGAAAUAACAUAUAAAGAUGAGGAUUAUGUGUUUGGAAUUUCUCCUGUUAUGUUGAAAGGAGAGGAAGCUAUUCCUAUAAGCGAAACUGCACUAAGGGGGUUCCUUGGUUUGGCAUAUUUUAAGCAUUUACAGAGGAUGUCUAAAGACAAUCCAAAUAGGCUCCAAAAGAUAUCAACUGUAUUGCACAAAAUAUACAAGAGGCCAAUUCUUGUAUCUGACAUGAAACCUAACGAUUACAUUACAGAUUCUGAAGUUUUAAGUGAUGUAGAAAAUAUAAUUAUGACGCAAUCAAAGACUUAUAGUGAAUUUAUCAAGAAUUAUCCUAACCUUAAAUGGCCUAUUACGGACGAGGAUCUACUUAACUUGUUUUCUAUAUGGUUCAAUGAUCAUGAAGAAUGUAAUUCACUUGUUAAUCUAAUGAGAGAAGCAUAUGGUCCUGGAAUUAAUAUAAGGUUUCCGAAUAUGAUUGUACGAUUUCUAGUUAACCCAGUAAUUAGCGUACUGUCAGGUCUCUCGUUUGGAAAGAUUUUGGAUUCUAUAUUAAAAUAUUUGACAGUUAAGCAUCCUUUUUAUAAAAUAUCAAGGAUUGUUAAUAAGAGAGAUUCUAAGACGGUGUGUACCCUUAUCGCGGGAUUUUUAACGUACGUUGGUUUGUCUUAUAACUCAGGGGUAAAAAGUGAUAUUUUUAACUAUACUUUGAAAUCUGUCCUAGAUGGAUCCGAAGAGUUAGAUAAGGUUUCCACGUCUGAAUACAUAAACAAGAUUAUCGAAAAAACUGGUGAGCUAAAAGAUAUAUUAAAUAAGGGGCACGUUCCCAUACGUUUGGUAUCAGAGGAGUUAGAAAAUUUUGUUCUUUUAGCAUUUUUAAAAGCCUUUAGAAGAAUUAUAAAGCUUGUAGAUGUGUAUGAAAAUUUUUCUGAUGGUAACUCCGGAGAAUUAAAUUCUCGUCAGGAACACUCAAUCACUGUAUGGAAUAGAUUGUGCAAACAGGUAUCAUAUGUUGCUUCUAUAUGUUUGCCAAUUGCUGGAGUUUCUGUUUAUAGAAUACUCUACCAAGCCGCUUGUGAACUUGCAGAUAGUGAUGAUUUGCCUCAAACGAUUGAAGGAGAAGUAUUAGGCGGUAUCAUAUCAAAUGAGUACGGUGAGGCUUUUGCUGAACUAUACAGAGAAGGGGACGAAGAGGCAAAAGUUCCUCCAUUAAAUAUAGAGAGAAGUAAGAGGGUAGCACUAUUAUUUUCUAUAUUUUCAACGCAAGUAUUUUCAUCAAUGGUGAAUUUUCAGGAUGUAACUGCUCCAUUUGCAAAUAUAGAUACUGAUCAUAUUGAAGAAAUUGAAGGUGUAAAGUUGGGAAGCUCUGAUAUUGAGGAACUUCGUAAAAUCCCUAAGCUUCGAUCAACCUUAGAUGACGUCGAAGAAUUCUUUACAAAGUUGCAUAAACGUAGUGGAGGAUAUUUAGAAAGGGUGAGUGUAGAACCAGAAUAUGGUAUAUUCCUAAAAGAUGAACUUCUUGGAGAAACAAAAGAAGAAAAGAUCAUGAGGGAAAACUUUCUGACACAGAAACGUAGGGAUUCCAUCACGGAUAUUUUGAACGUUCCAGGGAAAACCAUGGAGAUACUAAAAUCACUUUCUAUGAUCCUUGGAGUUAAUGAAUUGUGGCUAUUAGAUCAGUUCAAGGAAGCAAUGAUAGACGAAUGUGCAUAUUUGAUGUAUAGUGAACACUCCUAUAACAGCGUGGAUUUAAAUCAACAGAUCUCAGACUUCAACAUAAGUCCUAUGCAUAUAGAUACCGUUAAAAGGAGAAUUCUUUAUAAAACUGUUGAAAAAAUGUCCCGUAAUCUUAAGAGUAAAUUCUUAGACUCUGGUGAAAAUAUAGAAACCAAACAAACGAUAGAUAAAAUAUCGAAAUCGGAAGCUUCUACUGCAGAUACAAAUGAAACUAUAAAUUUAUACACAAAGGAGGGCUUGGAUGAGUACUUAAAGAAGAGCUACAAUCAUUUGCUAAGAGUUAGUCGGAAUUUCGAUAUUGGCAAAGAAGUUGUUCUAGAAUGCUUUAGGGUACUAACAUUCCCACUACUCCUGAAAGAACUAUUUUCCCUUGAUUUAACGACUGUCACAAAUGACAGGAUUAUGGAAAUAAAACUCAAAUAUGAGAGUGAUGAUUUAACGUUUGUAAAUGCACUAAGUGAAGUUAUUAAAAAGUUCUCAUCAUUACACAAGCAAGAACUUGUAUCUGCAAGAGGCUUAAAUAACUGGUACCAGAUUGAAAAACAUAUGUCUUCUUUGUUAACAGCUAAAGUAAAAGUAUGUUCUGCAGUUUGUGAUAUAAUUGACAAGUCCAUGUGGUAUCGUAUAGAACGUGCAUUUAGAUUUAAUCAUGAAUAUGUAGAAAAAGAAUUUACGCAUGAAGAGAUUAUAGGUAAAAGUUAUGCUUUGGAACGGGUAAAUGGUGACUGGGAACUUAUUGAUCCACCUGAACCUCUUUCACUUGUGGAAGAAGCAAAAAAACGCUGGGAAGAAGAUACAAAGAUUGAACCAUUACCAGUAUACGGCGUAGAUAAAGAAUCUUCCUUCAUGGAAAAAGAAGAACUUAAAAAGCUCAUUGAAGAGGGUAAAAUAUCUAAAGAUUUUGAGUACAUACCGACAGAAUUUUAUGUCGGAGACCCACCCCAAGAUCAAGAAGUUGAGCAGAAGCCUGAAUAUUCAAAAAAAAAUAAAGGAUCUUUAAUUUCUAGCAAAGACGCCUACGCAUGCUGGGUAUCAUAUUGCUACAGAAAGAGAAAGGUAGAUCCAAACGAUGUAAAAAGCUUGCUAACGAUAUUUCCUUUUCUAGAAAGGCUUGUGGGAAAAACAAAUAGGGAUUGGCGAAGAUUGUACCUCAGGGAACGCAUAAAAGAGGGGUAUUUUACUGAUGCAAAUUUAAUGGAAGAGUUGAACUGCACUCCUAAUGAAGCUUUAGAUGUAUGUAGUGUUGCAUAUGAAGAAGAAUUGCUUAAGUCUACUCAUGCGUUCGUAAGCCCUAUUGAGGAUGAUAUUGGUGAUGUGGGUGACACACAUUUCAAUCCAUUCCACCUAUCAAUUUAUAACCGAUUAAGCUAUUUAUACUCUGAAAGGCUUCCUGAUAACGUAGAAAUGGAACAUUUGCGCAAAAUACAAAAGUUUUUAAGUCUUCCUGAGUCAGCUGUGGAGUCUAUACAUACCAAAUGUUUAUGGUUUGCGUUUGAUAAGUUUGUAGCAUUGACAAUAACUGAAAAUAUAAAAAAACCAUGGAAAUAUGUUCUUAAUACUUAUAUUAUUCCUAGAGCAAAAGAACUAUCAAUUUCAGAAGAUGCUUACUCUAGGAUUAUAACAAAGGGAAAGCAUGACUUCUUGAAAUUAAAUGCUCUUCGCAUGCUGGAAAACUGUGAAAUAUCAAGCUUUUACGCUGAUAAAUGCCAUGAAGUUAUUAAAAUGUUUACUAACUAUGAAAUCUUGAGUUAUGAGAAUAGCAUACCGAGACUCAAAUUUACCAUUAGAGGAAAUACAGAUGGACAUACAAAUGAAAUCAUAGAAACAUACAUUCUUUCCUCUAUACAUACUAAUAACAAAGUAGAUAUGGUAAAGUUGAAAACUUUUUGCGCAAUUUUUGGCCUAGUUGGAGAGAAAAGAGAUGCUAUCCUCAAAAAACUUGGCAAAAAGAUGUACAACAAAUUUUUGAAUGAUCAUUUCGGACUUAAAGUUAAUAUGUCAUCUCUAAAUGAACUUAAACAUCUACAUGAAGUUUAUGCACUUAACCAACGGGAUCUUGAAGAACUUAUACAAUCAUAUAGAGAAAUGAAAGUGUUUGAAGGAUACGAACCUUUUUCAGGAAUCGAAGGAAUGAAAAGAAUUUGUGAUAUAACAGAGUUCCACGAACCAAUAAGUAAAUAUGAUACACUCAAUAGGGACAGGAGAAUUCAGUGGCUGAUAAAUAUUCUUCGUGAUUUGGUCUCAACCACUAAGGAUUCUCAGUCCCCGAAAUAUACAAUAAAUCAAUUUUUCUCACUAUCGCAGCAAAUGUUGGAAUUUUUUAAUGAUAAAAAAAUGCAGAAAACUAAUUCCAAGAAAAAAAUCAGCUCGAAGGGUAUUGAAAAUACUGAGGAGCCAAACAACUACGAUUUUCAGUCUGUAUUUGGUAUAUUGCAAACCGCUGUAAACAAACUAGAACUUACCGAAGAGGAGUUUUUAGAGGGAUGUUUCGUUUUUUCCGAUGAAAACAUCAACAAAUUUUUAGAUGAAACGCUUGAAAAACUAGUAAACUUGGAUAAGGAUGGAGCCACAGAAUCACUAUUAAAAUUUAUUAAGACUGCGUCUAUAACACCUCCUUCCAAAUUAAAUUGGAUAAAAUCACGACUUACGGAAAUAGAGGAACCUGAGAAACUUAGAAGUUUAUUAAUAAAUGCUGCAGAUUCGGAUGUUAUAGUUGGAAGAGGAUGCAAAAUAUUAGAUUUAUUGUUAUACAAAUGA